GUAGUAAAAUAGUUCACCCCUGAUACUGUAAUAAAGGUGUUACUGACAUUGACGUGUGUUAUUUUUUAUGAUCAAAUUGGUAUUUACCAGGUGGAGACGGCGACAGACUCCGAGUCGGAGAGCAAAGGGCUUCCUCAGUACCAUUCUGUGGGCACCCAGGUGGAGGAUGACAAAGGGCAUGGCAGGUUCAAGCGCUCCAACAGCGUGACGACGGCCGUACAAGCUGACAUGGAACUAGAGGGCUUCCCCACCAUGGAGGACAAGGGCCUGCAGUUCGGAGGGGGCUUGGGCUUCCGCGGGGGCCACUCGGAGCCUAGCACGCCCACCCAGUACGGGGCUGUCCGUACCGUCCGCACCCAGGGCCUCUUCAGCUACCGGGAGGACUACCAGCGCUCCUCCAGCGGACCGCCCAGCCCGCAGCCCGAGUCGUGGCUGACAGAGCCCUCUCUGGAGGGGGCUGAGACGGGCCGAGUGUCCCCCCUCCGCAGGGACGGCAGCUGGUUCAUGCAGCUCCUCCAUAAUGAAACUAAGAGGAUGGAGGGAUGGUGUAAAGACAUGGAGAGGGAGGCGGAAGAGCAUGACCUGUCGGAGGAGAUCCUAGGGAAAAUCCGAAGUGCCGUGGGCAGCGCACAACUCCUCAUGUCUCAAAAAUUCCAGCAGUUCUACUGGCUGUGUCAGCAGAACCUGGACCCCAGCGCCAUGCCCCGCCCCACCUCUCAGGACCUGGCCGGAUUCUGGGACCUGCUGCAGCUCUCCAUCGACGACGUCACUGCCAAGUUUGACGAGCUGCAGGAAAUCAAGAGCAACGAGUGGAGGCCCGUGGAGAGCCCCGAGAAGAAGACACCAUUACAGGAGAGGAAGUGGCCUCCCCCGCUGCCAAAGAGGCCUCCGAAGGGGCGUGGCGGCGUGAUGCGGGAGCGCUCUCUGGAUCUGCAGGACCGCCAGCGUCAGGAGGCACGGCGCCGCCUCAUGGCAGCUAAGCGGGCGGCUUCCUUCAGACAGAACUCAGCCACAGAGCGUGCGGACAGCAUCGAGAUCUACAUCCCCGAGGCCCAGACCCGCCUUUGAGGUCCAAGCAUUUACCCCUCUAGCCUGACCCCGACCCCAGCUCUACCCCCUUCCGGCCCCCAUAUCCCAGACCCAGCCAGUGGGUGUCACCCAGACUCCUUCCUCCCUCUUUCUUGUCGUCUGUGUCUCUCACUUUCACUUCUUACUGUUUCUCUCCAUCUAUUGCCCUUCUUCUGAUGUCCUCUCCCCUUUAAGACGGAGGUAAUAUUCACCACCCCUCCACCCCAUUAUAAUGAGCUGCUACUACAACCUCCCCUUUAACCGAACUGAUCCACCAUCACAAUUAUAUUUGGCUAAUUACAAGCAAAAUGAUUAUUUUCUAUACUGUAACAAAUUCUCUUGUUGGAAAUGUAUUCAUCCCCCCCAAGAGCUUUCGCAUUGCCAUCAUGUAUUAUGAGCCUCUGGGUAAAGUAAGGGUAAUAUCAGUAUUUUCCCACCGUGUUCAAAAGGAAUCACAAAGUGCAACUUUUCUAUGGAGAAUCUCACCAGCAUCAGUGGUCUUGGGCUAAAUCACCCUGUGCGGAGACUACUACUCCCCAGUGGUAGCACAGAGGUGGUGAUGACUCACUGUCAAGAUAGAAGUCUGGAAAUGUCUCCCCCAUGUUUGUGGGUUGUCAGUCAAAGUGGGGGGAAUAUGUAGUGCGAUUGAUCAACACCUGCUAUUGAAAUACCUCAGUCUUGCAGUGGGCACUCUAGGGUAAAAACCAUAGACAUAGAAUUAAAAUCUAUUUCUAUGGGGUCUAUUCUAUUUCUAUGGUAGAGACCAAGGAGUAGUCAUCACAUCUGAUAUGGUCGCACAGCAUCCUGGGUAUAGUAGUUCCGUUGUUAUUCUUGGGACGUACUCACACCACUUUUUACCAGGCUUGCUGCUGCAGCCACUGCCUAACAUUGCUGAGACAUGGGAUGUGAAAAAGACAUGCAGCAGUAACCCAGCUAGCACAUUUAGUUCCUUGGAAGUUGUGGGACAGAAGUUUUUGGUUUCCAAUUGAUUCUGGGAACAAAGCCAUAAGUUUCCUGAUCGGUAAAACUGAACGUUUUUAAAACGUUCUGGGAAUGUACAUUUUUAGGUUGCACGGAGGUUCUGAGAACCUUUUACUACGGUUCCCUGAAAGUUUUCCUGGGAGGUUUUAUUAACGUUCUGAGAACGGAAAUUAUAGGUUAUUUGAAGGUGAUCAAAUAACGUUGUGAGAACAUUCUCUAAAUAUUGUGAAUGUUUGGAACUAAAUAUUAAGGUUAUUUUGAGGUUUUUUAAUCACUUAAAACGUUCACUGAACGUUUCAAUAAGACUGCUAGCUUAGGUUAACUGUUUUGAACUCCAAUGAGAUAGGACACACGGAAAUGAAUCAUGCAAACACAUGUAUUUUUUUAUUUUGGCACAGCGUCAGUGAGAUUCAAACCUAUGAUCUGCGACAGCAGGAUGGCGCUACAGUAGCAUGCCAUGUUUUUUAAACUCAUACAAAGAUGUUAAUUUUAGUAUAUUCCAACGGACCCCAGUUCAAAGGAAACUCCUUAAGACCAGGGUGCCCAAUUAUUGGGGACAGCCAAUACACCUCAACACACUUACGAAGAAAGAAGAUAGAGAGAGUUUUGUUGACACUGAGAAUAGAUGUAUAAGAUUUUAAAUAACAUAAUUAUGAUGUUCUUUGAACGCUACAAUGUUGUAACAUUUUCUUAAUGUUCUUAAAACAAUGGCUUUAAAUAGAACCGUGAGGAAACCUGCAGAAAACUUUACACUAAAGUACUGAAAUUCCCACAGAAUAACGUUGUUUCUUAACGUUCUCAGAACUAUUUCAGAAUAUUCCCAAUGUCAAACCAGUUGACGAACAUUCCUUUAACAUUACAAUUUUUUUUGUUAAACGUAACCAUGUUUGAACUUUUAGGAAACAUUCUGUUAAAGUAAAUGAAAUAACAAGAAAAUAAAGUGUUUUUUGUCAAGUUCUAUAAAUGUGUUGAGAAGGUUCCAAAGCCAAGCAACUAUCCUGUACCAAUCCCAGAAAGUUGUGGGAAGGUUGAAUGCAACAUAACCAUGGGACAACCACCCGGUCACCAUGCUCUAAGAAACUUAUGGUUCUCAGAACGUAAUGUGCUAGCUGGGACAGUACCUUAGGGCUGCAUUUAUGCAUUUUCAGUUACGAUAACGGCUUUGUCGUAAGGUUGAAACAUGGUUAUGAUAUGGGUUGUACAGUGCAUUUAUUCGUCUGAUCCAUGUUUCCAUUGCAACACUAUUGUAAAACACUUAAAGGGAAAAAAUGUUUCAAAUUUCAUGAAAAAAAAAAAAGUUGACUAUGAUAUAAUGCAUUUUUGCACCUUAUAUAUAUACUAUUCAUGUUUGUAUUUCCAAGGGAAAUGUAGUAAAUGACACUCACAUGAUAUUGUUGCAGUUGAAUUGCAAGGACAAAAAAAUGGAACAUUUGCUAUUGAAUAUGUCUAUGAUGCUGUUCUAUACACAGCAUCAAUCUGCACCUUGAGUUUUGUGUCCAUCCCCUGAUGUCCAGUACUAUUGUAAUGAUAAUAAUGGUGAUAAAUAAUGUAAUCUAUCACAUAUAUACCCAAUGACCAACAUCACAAACUACAUUGAACUUGAAUUGUAUCAUAGUGGACGCUGUGAAAGAAUGACUGUCGAUGGGGUGGAGAGAGCAGUGCCCCAACAGACAGAUGACUUAUACCUAUUAGAGACCACAUCACACACAUUCUAUCCCAUCCGGCACACAACAAUCAAGUAUUUUUUACAGAAGUAGUGUGGGACAGACAGGUGCAAAUGUCACUUUAACACUAUCCAGUUACUAGUAAAUGGUGCUGCUUUUUACCUGAAACGGUUGUCCUUUACCCAGUCCUAUGUGCACGCACACACACACACACACACACACACACACACACACUCAAGGACUUUUUAAUAACAGAGAUUUACUAAAAUGGUGCCCAUAGCAUCUGCAAUUAAAGAUGGCGGCUAUUGACUUGCGGGAAGAAAGAAAAAAAACAUAUUUGCAAAAUGUCUAUUUGCAGUGUUCAUUUCUGCUUAAAAGUUGUUUAUUGACAACACGUACGAUGAGGUAUUUCUACUCCCUAUCUUGCCAUGAGCUAAGAGGGUUGCUGUAAUAGUAGCCGUAGUCAAAGGUCUAGGGAAUUCUAGUGAGAGAGAGAGAGCGCAAGGCAUUUACAUUUUUAUGACGUUACUCCGUUGCUUUGGCGGUGCCCGACAACACCACACUUGGAGCUUAUUGUUUCAAUAAACUCUAUAUUUCCUUCAAAAAAUGAAACUGUACUUAUACUAUAUGACAUGAUAUACUGGCAUUUGUGUUGUACUGCGUGUCAUUGAUAUAGUAUAUCCAUUUACCCAUAUGAACAGUAAAUUGGAUUUUUUUUUUUUUUUUGUAUAAUUCAUUUAUUCCCAUAUACUUGUUAUGUUAGGGUUGUAAGCUUCUAGCACCAGUGGUCGACUAGGAAUUUUCAAUAGAAUGUGAUGCAAAAACAGGGUGAGCUGUUAUAUAUCCACAUAGCCUAGAUUAAGACCAUUUUAAUUGCGACCUUUUGAAAGGGCAACACACAAUAAGCAACAGUUCAGUUGGUCAGAUACGUUGCCAGAUAUUUUGCUAAAAAAGGGUGGAAAGUAGUUGAAUAAACUGGGACUUUCCUCAUUCCUCUAUAGCUUCUGGUAAACCACUCAACGUCUCCAAUUUCAUUCCCUGACAUCGGCCUCUCUCUGCUGUGAACCUCAAUGAAACCGUUACGUACCAGACGGCCUUAAACACAUCGAAAGCAAAAUCAUAUACGAAUGUAGAGUCACUAACAAUGCAACAACAACAAAAAGGUCAUAGGAGAUGUGUAGGUGCUGUGUAACAGCAAACAGUACAGUAUUGUGAUUCUAUGUGGACACAAAGUCCAUGUCUGGUCUAAGUGAGGUAACAGCAGAAAGUGAGAGACAUUGAUAGCUUAAUGAAGAAAAAACAGUCAGAGGUUCCCAUUAGAUUAGAGUAUGAUCGUUGAAAUGACGUCACUUUCACACCCGUGGUGGUCUCAUCUGAAAGAUUCAUAACCACAGGGUCAACAACUGCUGCUAUAGUGACGUCACCACAGUUACUAAUUUGCACACUGAUACAUAACACCAAAUUGAAGAUUAUAUUAAACAUGAUAGAUUGGCCAAGGCAAAUAGUUCAUGGAUCUUCACGUUCUUCUUUCCCCUUUAUCGUUUCCUAGUCUUUAGUUAUUCAUAUUGUGUGAUAUUAUAAUGUAUGGCCCAGCAAUUUUUGUUGGUCUUCGUAGAAAGUGAAUUGCCCUUUCUCCAAUCUCAAACAUAAUCUAUUAUCAUGUUUGUCCCAUACCGUAUACUUUCUCAUGAUCUAAGGAGGGUUUGCAAGUUCGGCAACUACGUACGAUGGGGGGAAAAAAUCCUUAGGUGCCUUAAAAUCAGACUUACAAGAAUCUAUGAAUGAAUGUCUUAGUUUGAGGUCUUUGGUUGGAAUAUGAUGCCAUGCAGAGUGCUUGGCCAUCUCUGGUUGUGUUGAUUGAGUUGCAAUGUCACCUCAAAGGGCUGUUUGGGAGGAAAGCUAGCUUGUUUUUUUUUUCAUCCAAAUGCCUUGAUAUUAGUAGUUUGGAUUAGCAUUGGAUCAUUUUGAAUUGUUAUACUGUUGUAUGACUGCAGCACAAGUUGAUAAUUGAAGAGGAUGAGAUGAUGUGAAAAUUGAAUUGAUACAUUUUGUGUGAUUGUUUAAACUAUGCUUUUGGUAAGAUCUGUCAUUGUUGGCAUCCAUUCAUUCUCACAGGUAGAGAUUGUUCCCAUGGUACAUGUCCCCAAGUUUACGUUAUGUCACCGGUAUGCAAGUGUCUUCGUGAUUGGUACACACUGUAUAUCAUUUAUCAUCAUGAAAUCGUGUAUGUUGAUGAUCUUUGAUUUAUUUUGACCAACAGAUAGUGCUGCGUAGACAUUUUUUAUCAGAAUCAAACUGAAUCAAUGUAACAGGAGCGAACAUAGGUUAUGUGUGUACGUGUGUUUGCAUUUGUGUGUGCCCUGCGUGUUUGUGUGUGUGUGGCUCGGAGGGGGAUGGCAGAGAAAAACAACAUCCCAGGGAGUAUUUUUCCUUGCUAUGAUAUCGUAACCUCGUCCCAGUUCUCAAUGCUUUAUGGCUUAUUAUCGUUACCACAAACUAGAGACUGACUAAACUUGACCUGCUAAAAAGUGCAAUAGUGUUUCAUACAACAGGCAGGCACACAUACAGCUAUUUACCUCAUGGUUUGAGAGUCAGUUACAGUGACAACACACGGCCACCACACGCCUGUGUCCUAUGCAGUAGUCCUGCCAGCCUGCAUCAUGUCCCCAUUUCUACAGACAUUCCCUCUAACGCAUGAUGGCCCCAGUGGAAAUGAGUCUUUGUUUGCUGAUCUCUAUGGAAGUGGACAUUGUCUUAAGGAGGUUGAAGAAUUGAGUUGUUGUGCACAGUUCAAAUCUCAGUACGUUUUCAGUCAUCUUGAUCUAUCUUCAGAAACGUUGGUGUUUGCACACUUACUGGCCAGGUCAUUCUGAAAGCAGCUUGGUAUUCUAUUAAACACACGGUACAUCACCCUCAUAUAAUAUGCAGUAUGUCCAUGAUGAAUUGCUUUCCUGAUUGCAUUUUAACGAUUGGAAAUAUCCUCCUUUUAAUGCUCUUCAAGACUUAAACGCUAAUCACACACAUAUAAACAGACAUUUAGAAUAACAAAUUGCAUCAUAUCCAAGUUCUUUGGUGUGAUAUUUUGUUCUGCAGCCCUUUUACGUGUGGAACUCUUUUAGGGGCUAAAAUGUACAUCGUCUUGGGCAAAUGUGUUUGGUGAGCUGUUGUGCUAUAAACCUCAAAGAAGUCAGUAAAGGUGCUGAAGUUAAUUGAACUUGUUUUUUCUUCUUUUCUUUCUCAAGAAUUACAGAGAUUGGUUUAUUCUGACAAUCAGCGCACAAACACAGGUACGCGCACACACUACACAGCAGUAAGACAAAAUGUCCUCAAGAUGGCACCCUAAAUUCUUUAUUUUGAACAAUUCAUCUUGAGGUAUUUUGACACCAACACGAUUUUCUAUGGCCCUGUAAACUUUGCUUGAGUUUUUCUUUCAAUUUUUUCCUUUUUUCCAGUGCAGUUGCACUCUAAGAAUGUCUCUCUCUCUCCUCAUAAAAUAUUUGAUUCAAUAAGGAGCACAGUGUUGUUCUUUAUCAUUAUCACUGAUUUUGGCCACUGACCUUCCACAAAAUACCAUGGGCUCUUUCUUAAUUUCCUUGAGGCAAUGUUAUUUUAUUUUAAUUUUAAAAGGUUUGAGCGAAUCAGAGCUGCUUUACAUUGAAAACCACAUGGACUGAAUGUGCCCACUGCCCGUUUAGCAAUAAGCUUCAUUCAAUGCAUUGUAGCCUUUACAUCACAACAUCUACAGUAUGGCCUUCUAAUUUGACCUGCCACCCAAACACUUUAUUCCUUAGUCAAUGCCAAUGGAGGGUUCUGCUUACAAGGUCUCCCAUUCCCCUGCUAUUACCUAGGCCUACAUGUACAGUGCCUUUGGAAAGUAUUCAGACCCCUUGACUUUUUCCACAUUUUGUUACAUUACAGCC